UUUUUUUAAUAAAAUGAAUUCCUCAAAAGAUGACUCUAAACCCUUACUUACAAGAACCCCUCCUGUCCCAACAUUGGUGCCUAAAAUCCCUCCGAACCGUCCUUUAAAACACCUAUCCCCACCUCACCAACAGCUAAUCUCCAAACCUUUCCCUACCCCCACUCAGCCUGCCUCAGCUCCACCACAUACUAGCUCGCUUAUAAACUGUAAUACUCAAGACCUUGAGGAUGACCCUUUCUGUGUACCUCUUGCAAGCAAACAACUGUUUAAAGGAAGAAAGACAUCAAUCUGAUGCAGAUGUACCGAAUGACAUAAGAUAGCCAAUACUAGAGUGGUGAGGGAUACACGAAGAAUGCAAUGGUAUUGUAGCAUGGUUAUAUGAGGAUCUGGCCUCUGGUGCUUCAGCUGGAUCCCCUUCUGAAUAAGUGAAAUGAAAAAGGAUGAUCAUUACUGUGAUCAAUGCGGCAAAAUUCUUAGUGAAGGAGAUGAAUAAAGAUCAGGUUUUUAUAAAAUUGUGAGAUAUUGUGUUGGUUUGAUGGCAAAGUGAUAUUAAAGAAAGGUAGAAAUCUUUACAUAAUGCAUGCC